GGUAAGGUAUAUUUAUAGCCACCGACAUUAUACAAUAUUAUCAUUAUAUACUAUAUAUUUUAACUUUGGUAACUAUUUUUACAUAGAAAUCUUAGGACAAGUGUAAAAACUAAAUUCUGAAACAAUAGUGCAGCGUCAAAAUCAUGAAAUGCAAGAAAAUAUCCGAGUAAAAAACUAUCAAAGCCGAAAGAAAAAAAAUUAUUAUUUUUCAAAUUUUUUAUUCUAAAAUUUUAGGAUUUUUCCGUUGUUUACAUUGGACACAAACCAUAGCGCUCGAGACUAAAAAGUCUCUAGGCUGCUGUGAUAGAUAGUCGUCAAUUUUAAAAAAGUAAUAAAAGUAACGGAAAUUAAUGAAAAGUUACUUUCUCAAGUAACGGUAAUUGUAACGAAUUACUUUUAAAAGUCGGUAACUAGUAACGGUAACUUGUUACUUUUUCUACUCGAGUAACUACUUACUUUUAAAAAGUAAUCUUCCAUUCCCUACUCGGAACAGAUGCCAGUUGUUCCGAAGUGCACAAUUAUUAAUUAAAUAGGCAUAUAAAUAGACAGUAGACGUAAAAAAUAAACUUUCUUUUUUUAUUUUUUACAAAAUAAUAUUUCUCAUACUUUGAUAUCUUGAGAGCAUAUUCAAAUAAAAAAAUAGUUUAAAGUUCCAUAAUUGCGUGCUGCUCCUUUUAUUAAUAAUUGUUGAUAUUCUCGUAUAUAUAUAGCAGAUAGUGCUAUCGCAUAGUGCUAUAAGAUAUAUUAUCAGUGCUAUUAUCUUCAUUUUUGUAGUAUCCCAAGUAGCACACAGGACUUAUGAAGCGUUAACAAGCGCUAAAAAAAGUGCAUAUUAUCGCUUUGCUGUGCUACUUGAAAGGUUUGAUAAAUGAUAGCACUGACAGUACAGUCUUAAUCAUUAAGAUUUGGCAUCUGUGCAGUAUCUUAAAGAUUCUUAGAAGAAAAUUCUUAGAUAAAAAUCCAGAAGAAGGAUUGUCCAGAUGAAUUCCUUACAUCUAGCAGACGAUUCCGAGAAACCAGCGGAAGUGAAAGAUCGGGCGCGUCUAUACAGCAUGGUGUUUUGCCCUUUUGUUAUGAGAAUACAUCAUGUACUCAGUCUGAAGCAGAUUCCAUACGAUAUUGUCAAUAUCAAUUUACAGAAAAAGCCGCAGUGGUUUCUUCAAAUUAAUCCAGUUGGCAAGGUACCGGUUUAUGUAGAUUCGGACGGUACAGUAGUAAUGGAAUCUGUCACAGUGGCGAACUAUCUGGACGAGAAAUACCCUGAACCUCCUUUGUACAAUGAAGAAACAAAAAGUCGUGAUUUGGAACUGAUAGAUGAUUUAUCUAAGAUUGUAGAUAUUAUUACGAAUAUCUUAUAUGAGAAGGAUAAGAGACAAUUCGAAGAGAUUCACACCGAGAUAAUGGAUAACUUACAAAAAUAUGAAGAUGAGCUUAAUGUACGCAAGACAAUCUUUUUCGGAGGGAGCAAUCCGGGUAUGUUAGACAUUCUAAUGUGGUCUUGGUUUGAUGUUGGAAAGGCUCUAACUCUACUUCACAAACAGUAUGCAAGUGUUGACAGAUACAAGAAGAAAUUUCCCCAUAUGGUGAAAUGGGUAGAGGGAAUGAAAAUCCAGCCGUUUGUUCUAAAAUAUAGGAGUUCGUAUAAAAAAUUAGCAAAAUUCUUCGAAGCUCGAAGAGCGAACAAUGUUGAUUACGAUAAUAUUUAACGUGAUUUGAAGUUAUUAGCUUGUUUCUAUAAAUAAGUUUACAUCAAAAUAAUAUGUUGAUAGUAUUUUUCUUUUAUUAAGUUCUUAUAUACAUUCUUAUAUUCCAAUAGAACCAAAAACAAAUAUAAUAUAUGAAUAU